AUGGACCAGGCACCUCCAACUCCACCCACACCCGCCUCCCAGGAGGACACCAUGCCCGAAUUCACCCCCAUCAACGGCAACACUGCCGGAACUUCGGUCCCCUCCCCCUCGGCCGCAGCAGCAAGCACACCCACCAAACGCGGCAAGAAAUCCGCAGCCGCCAACGGCGAGAAAGCCUCACCUUCCAAGAAGGCCAAGGCAGCAGCGGGAUCUAGCCCCUCGAAGAAAACCAUCGGACCCAUCCCGACCUCUUUCGAGGCGGCUGGAUUAUCCGAUCGAAUGAUUAUUCAGAUGCGGGAUGACGAGGGCAAGAACUGGGGCGAGAUUAAUGAGUCGUGGAUGAAGAUGACUGGUAUCAAGGUGGGGACUAGUACGCUGCGAAUGAGGUAUACAACUAUGAAGGCGAAUUUUGUGGAGUUUACUGCGGAAGAUGAAGCGAGACUUCUUCGUCUUAAGAAGGAGAUUGAGGAGAAGUUUGAGCAGGAGAAGUGGCCUAAGCUUAUGGAGGCGAUUGAGGCUGACGGUGGGAAGAAGUAUCCUGUGGCUGCUUUGCAGAAGAAGUUCAAGGAUCUGGCUAAGGGUAACACUCAUGCUGAUGCUGUCAAGGAGGAGGAGUGA